AUGGCCGCGGAUACAACGGACACGGUGAAAGCCACACCUCUGGAGACGGACACUGAGACGGAUACUACGGAGGGAACAGACAAACCAGCUCCCGAGAGCUGCCGCCCGCAACAGAGACAAGACACCGCAGGAGGACCGGCAACAGCAACAACACUACCAUCGCCAAUGCCACCACCAGCACCUACAUCAACCCUCUCAGACACAGACGCAGGCGCAGAUACACAAGCCCAGCAGCCACAUCAGGUGCAGAGACCGGCUGCGGCUUCUCCCUCAGGUUCUGCGGCUGCUCCUGCACCCAAACAAGCCAGCCAGUCGCCCGGUCAAUCACGGUCACCGGGGAGCUUCUCUUCCGAUCGCAGCAUGGCGGCCGGAAGCUCUGCUAAUAAUGCUGUUAUGCCUGUAUCUGCCACCACUAAUGCUCAAACCGCGUCAAGCUCUGGAAUGCCCUCCGCCAUUCGCUCUCGACCAAGUCAGACCUGUCUUCCAGAGAGAGAUCCUCACAGAGACUCCCACCGCGUAUCCUUCUCCUCCCUAAACUCUCUGGCUUCCACCAUCUACUCCGUCACUGGUGACCGUGUCCCAAGCACUGGCACUUCCAGCGUUAACGGUUCCAUCAAAAGCGGCAUGGAGGGCUCCGCUGCGAGGAAUUCCUCUGGCUUCCUGGGUUUGAGCAUGAACAUGGAAACGCCAGCAGGUACUGGAGAUUUUACAACUUCUCCUACUAUGGCCUCCUCGCCUGGGGCGGGAGCAGUAGUAUCUCCCACCCAAUCAUCCUCUCAUGUACCCCGUAGCGAUGCAGGAACUGAUGGUCGUCCUACCACAAACUGGGUGAGCCGCCCUGCAAGAUCAUCCAGUCGAGCGCCAAGAAGGCUGAGCGGGAGCACGGGAGCAAGCAGUGCGAGCGAAGUUGAUCCCAAGGUUCCGUUUAUCGGGAAGAUCGGGGUGUGUGCCCUGGACGUCAAGGCUCGCAGCAAACCUAGUCAGAAUAUCCUUACCAGAUUGCAGUCAAAGGGCGAAUUUGAGGUUAUUGUGUUUGGCGAUAAGGUCAUUCUUGAUGAGGAUGUGGAGAAUUGGCCAGUGUGUGACUUUUUAAUUGCAUUUUUCUCCGAUGGAUUCCCUCUAGACAAAGCAAUUGCAUACGCCAAGCUGAGGAAGCCCUUUUGCAUCAAUGACCUUCCCAUGCAAAAAGUCCUAUGGGAUCGACGUCUUUGCCUUCGUAUCCUCGACCAUAUGGGUGUCCGAACCCCGAAAAGGAUGGAGGUUAACAGAGAUGGCGGUCCCAGACUCGAAUGCCCAAAACUCGCGAAGCACGUAUAUGAACUCACUGGAGUAAAGUUGGAGGGACCCGACGACGGAACUGGUGGCGGUACUCCCAGAACACAGUCUGUGUGCAUGUCCGAAGACGGAGAAUCCCUCAUCGUCGAUGGCAAGGUUUUUAGAAAGCCAUUUGUCGAAAAACCAGUCAGCGGGGAGGAUCACAAUAUCCACAUUUAUUUUUCCAAAGACCAACAAUAUGGUGGUGGCGGCCGCCGGCUUUUUCGCAAAAUCGGUAAUAAGAGCUCCGAAUACGAUCCGAACCUUAAUAUCCCAAGAUCGGUUCUUGAGAAGGAUGGAAGUUACCUUUACGAGCAGUUUUUGAGAGUUGAUAAUGCUGAGGAUGUCAAGGCGUACACGGUAGGACCUGAUUUUUGCCACGCAGAGACCCGCAAAUCCCCCGUGGUUGACGGCCUUGUCCGUCGGAACACGCAUGGCAAAGAAUUGAGAUACAUUACCAAACUGAGUAAGGAAGAGGCUGCUACGGCAACCAAGAUAUCCAACGGCUUUGGGCAAAGAAUAUGUGGCUUUGAUAUGCUUCGUGUUGGCGACAAGUCUUAUGUGAUCGACGUCAACGGCUGGAGUUUUGUCAAAGAUAAUAAUGAUUAUUAUGACAAAUGUGCGAAAAUCCUGCGCGAGAUGUUUAUCAGCCAGAAGCUGCGCAGGGAAGGGAAGAUCGAACACUUGGAAGGCCCCCAACACGAGACGCUCUCUCCGCGCAAAAACAUUAGCGGUUCCCACCGACAGACACUCAAAUCCCUCUUGAGAACGCAGGGUCAAUAUUACAAUCAAAAACCCCAGCAGGGUGUUUCUGCAGAGACGACUCCCGCGCCAAGCUCCUUGCCGACACACUUUUCUGAUGCAACUGACUCGAUACCGCAUUCCAAGGGUUUUUCCACCAAGCUCGACAGGCAGCAUACUUUGAAAUCAACAGAUGGCAUCUCUUCAACUCAGCCCUCUCCGACGGAGCCCAUUGUCGCUCCGCCCCCGGCAUCGAAGCAUUCGUGGAAGUUAAAAGGGAUGGUCGCUGUAAUCCGCCAUGCCGAUCGGACCCCAAAGCAGAAAUUCAAAUUUACUUUCCAUACGCAACCAUUUAUUGACCUUCUGAAGGGACAUCAAGAAGAAGUUGUAAUAAAGGGGGAAUUGGCCUUACGCAGUGUUUUGCACGCGGUUGUUAUUGCUAUGGAGCAAGGUAUCGAGGAUGUUGAAAAGCUUAAACUCCUUCAAGCAUCACUUCAUCAUAAGGGAGGGUGGCCGGGAACGAAAGUCCAGAUCAAGCCGAUGUUCAGACGCCGAAAUCCUGAUGAGAUGCGGAAUAGAGGCCCUUCUAUUAACCCCUUGAGCCCUGUCUCUGAAAACCCUGCCGGAGGUAAACUUUUUGAAGAGAGGACGGGCGCCGGAGGAGCAAACGAGGACCACCAAUUUUCGCUCUCCCAGAGUAGAAGUAAUUCUCUGUCUGGUCCGACUUUCUCCCGUUUUUCGGCCGUGGAGAAUGAUUUGGUUUUAGAUAAGCUUCAAUUAGUGAUUAAAUGGGGCGGUGAACCUACACAUGCUGCGCGGUACCAGUCGCAGGAUGUGGGACUCAAUAUGAGGGAUGACUUGAAGCUUAUGAAUAAGGAGGCGUUGAAUGAUGUCCGGAUAUUUACCAGUUCAGAGAGGAGAGUCAGCACAAGUGCACAAAUAUUUGCCUCCGCGUUCCUUGACCAGAAGAACUUGCCUGAAGAUUUCAUCCAAGUGAGAAAGGAUCUACUUGAUGAUUCGAAUGCUGCAAAGGAUGUAAUGGACAAAGUCAAGAAGAAGCUCAAGCUACUUUUAAGGGAGGGAAACUCCGCCCCGCCUCAGUUUGCAUGGCCAAAGGAUAAUUUUCCUGAACCCUCAAUUGUUCUGUCAACUGUGGUUGAACUCAUGAAGUUCCAUAGAAAAGUCAUGAGGUACAAUUUCUCAAGGCUUGAGAGUGAGCUAAGCUCCACCUCCGGAAACGGCUCUGAUGGCCAAAGCAAAAAUGGUAAUCAAGACACACCAACCCUUGCUUCCAUUCAAGGACGUUGGUGUGCUGGAGAAGAUCCCCAACUGUUCAAAGAAAGAUGGGAGAAACUAUUUGCGGAGUUUUGUGAUACCGAGAAAGUUGACCCUAGCAAAUUGUCCGAACUGUACGAUAGUAUGAAGUUCGACGCGCUGCAUAACCGUCAGUUCCUGGAGUGGGUAUUCGUGCCCCCUGAUAGCAUGCUUAAGGGAGAUGGCUCCAAAUAUUCGAGCCAGGGCUCUCCGAAUGAUAAACCGAACCCUCCCAGUCUGGAGAGUGUUGAAUCGGGUAGCAAUAAGCCACAGGGAUCUCAACAGCAGCAAUUGAACGAUCGGAGCAACAGCAACGGCGGUGAUUUUCAUGGAGGAGGUGAUAAAGGUGACGACAAACAUCACAAUUCCAACACUUUCGCUCAGCGUCUCGGGCUUAAAAGAAGAUCCCUUCUGGACUUAUCGUUAAUGCAACCUAUUGGGCCGUUGGAAGAUUGGUAUGACUCUUAUUUCAAACUAUAUCCCGGCUGCGCCCAGACGAAGACCAAAAUCGACAAGAGGCUCUCAAGGCUGCGCCAACUCUACAAACUCGCGAAGGUGCUUUUCGAUUUCGUAACCCCGCAAGAAUACGGAAUUGAUGAUGAUGAGAAGCUCGAAAUCGGCUUAUUGACCUCUCUCCCCUUGCUACGGGAGAUAGUUAUGGAUCUAGAAGAAGUCCAAGCAUCCCCGGACGCCAAAUCGUUCUUCUACUUUACUAAAGAAUCACACAUUUACACUCUUCUGAAUUGUAUUCUGGAAGGAGGCAUUCAGACUAAGAUCGCACGCCGCGCCAUCCCCGAGUUGGAUUACCUCUCCCAAAUCUGCUUCGAGUUGUACGAAGCGCAGGAUAGUGAGUCGGCGAUGUUUUCAUAUUCCAUUCGCAUCUCUAUUAGCCCUGGGUGCCACACGUUCGAUCCGCUAGACGUGCAGUUGGAUUCAAGGCAUGCGAUUGGGUGUGCGCCGCGAAGAAGCUUGACGGCGCAUCAGGAUUGGAAGGAAGUUAUUGAGACGUUGAAGGCGAAGUUUGAUACGGUGAAACUUCCCAAGUCAUUUAUUGCGGUCAAUUUGAGCGAUAAGCUUGCGGCGGCGAAGUAUUUCAAGGAUGAGGAGCAGGAGACUGCUGUUGCGGACAGUGGGUGA